AUGUUUUACCCAUUUUUAAAUCAGACAUCAGAGGUUGUGGAGGCAGUGAGAUUUGGGUUCUUGACUGAUGAAGAAGUCAAGGGACUCAGUGUAGUUAAAAUAUCCAACCCGAAUUUGCUGGACAUACUGGAGAAGCCGAUCCCUGGUGGACUUUAUGAUCCAGCCUUGGGACCCCUUGAUGAGAAUUCCAUGUGUAAAUCGUGUGGGCAACGCACGUACCACUGCCCAGGUCAUUGUGGGCACAUUGAUCUUGUUUCUACAGCAUAUAACCCUUUGCUCUUUAGAAUGCUGAGCAGUCUUUUGAACAAAGUAUGCUUCCAUUGCUUUCAGUUUCGGACAAGCAGAAAGGAGGUGGAGAAUUAUGUCUCUCAAUUGGAAUUGAUCAGAAAGGGUGACAUUAUUGGGGCAAAAAAAAUCAGUGCGCGGCAAAGCCUAUUGGCGAAGAAAAACAUGGAGUUUUCCUUACCAGAUGAUAUAGUUGCUCCCGAGGACAGCCAAGGGAGUCAUACAUCACAUUCAACAGUACACUCUGACGGUGAGAAUUGGUGUGAGGAUAAUAAUACGCGAGCACGUUGGGAUUCUUCUCAGCUCACUGAAGCAAUGUCAGUCCUAGACGACUUUUUGAGGAAAAAACCGAACAAGUGCAGUAACUGUGAUUUUGAUAAUCCCAAGAUCACUAAGCCAACUUUUGGGUGGUUUCAUAUGGAUGGAUACACAAGAAAUCAGAACCGAUCAAAUACCAUUCGAAGCACCUACAGGUCGAAUGCGGCAAACAGUGGAGGAGGUGAGGAUAAGCCUUCGUCUGAGGUCAUAAAUGCUAGCGACUUUUCGUGGAAAGAUGAGUCUGAGCCUGCUGAAGCCAAUACAUCUGCAAUCACCUCAGAUAGUCCUAAAAAGCACAGUAAAAAAGAUACAAGACGGAAAAAAAAACUAGCACCGGAGUUGCAGGGCCAAUAUACUUUCUUUCAAGGACCUGUCUUACCAUCAGAGGUUAGAGACAUUAUGCUGCGAUUGUGGGAAAAUGAACCUUCGCUUUGUGCGUACAUAAAUGAUAUUCAGCAGCAUGAAUGUGAACUUAAUGGAAAUAGAAAAGGGUACUCCAUGUUUUUCUUAGACACUGUACUUGUACCUCCAAUAAAAUUCCGACCUCCAGCUUUUGGUGGUGAAUCUGAUUCAGUGAUGGAGCACCCUCAGACUGUUCUAUUGGGGAAGGUGCUUCAGUCAAAUAUUGCUCUAGGAAAUGCUCUCGUGAAUAAUGCUGAACGUUCAAAAAUCCUUGGUCGUAUGUUGGAUCUUCAGCAAUCCAUCAACGUGUUAUUUGAUAGCAAAACUGCAACAAGCAGGAGUCAAAAAGACGGUGCUUCAGGAAUUUGUCAGUAUCUUGAAAAGAAAGAAGGUGUUUUUCGGCAGAAGAUGAUGGGAAAAAGGGUUAACUUUGCUUGCCGAUCUGUUAUAUCGCCAGAUCCUUAUCUGUCGGUCAAUGAAAUUGGAAUCCCUCCGUACUUCGCCUUGAGAUUAACCUAUCCCGAGAGGGUUACUUCUUGGAAUGCUGGAAAAUUGCGGAAUGCUGUCAUUAAUGGGCCGGAUAUCCAUCCCGGGGCUACAACUUAUGUUGAUAGUGUGUCCACUGUUAAGCUUCCAGCUAGCAAAAAAUUGCGUUUAGCAAUAUCUAGAAAAUUGCCUUCUUCAAGAGGCUCACAGUCAGGGAAGAACAGUGAGGUUGAAUUUGAAGGCAAAGUUGUCUAUCGACACUUACAGGAUGGGGAUAUUGUGCUUGUAAACCGCCAGCCUACUCUGCAUAAACCAAGUAUAAUGGCUCAUGUUGUUCGUGUGUUGAAAGGAGAAAAAACUCUUCGCAUGCAUUAUGCAAAUUGCAGCUCCUAUAAUGCGGACUUUGAUGGCGAUGAGAUCAAUGUACAUUUUCCACAAGAUGAGAUUUCUCGCGCGGAGGCUUACCAUAUUGUAAAUGCUAAUGAGCAGUACAUUGUUCCAACGAGGGGUGACACUGUGAGAGGCUUGAUUCAGGAUCAUAUUGUUGGAGCUGUGCUUCUUACAAUGAAAAAUACAUUUCUCACACGUAGCCAAUUCAGUCAGCUCUUUUACGGAUCUGGUGUAUUCACAAGGGGUUUACCUAGCGCCAAUUUGGAGAAGGUUUCACUGAUAGAUUCUGAAGGUCAGGCUGAGUCUGUAUUGCCUGCAAUAUGGAAACCAGAGCCUCUAUGGACAGGAAAGCAGGUUAUCACAGCGUUAUUGAACCAUAUAACUCGAGGCCGCGCACCCUGUACUGUUGAAAAUCAGGGGAAAGUUCCAAAGAACUAUUUCACCGGUAACAAUAAUAUGAACGGAAAGGAAGAUGAAGAUCAAAAUGCUGAGCACAAUUUGUUUGUUUGGAAAAAUGAGCUUGUACGUGGUGUGAUUGACAAGGCACAGUUUGGGAAGUUUGGUCUGGUGCACACAGUGCAAGAACUUUAUGGUUCUAACUGUGCUGGCAUUUUGCUCUCUGCUUUGAGUCGUCUAUUUACAAUCUUUUUGCAGGUUCAUGGUUUCACAUGUGGGCUAGAUGACCUUAUAAUAUUACCCGAUUUUGAUGCCGAACGGAAGGAUAAACUUGAAGGUGAAGAUGUUGGUGAAGAGGUUCACUGCGAAUUUGUUAAGUUUAAACCUGGGCAAAUAGGUCCUGAAGAACUCCAGUUAGAAUUAGAGAAAGUGAUAAGCAGCGACAGAGAAUCUGCCACUGCAUCCUUGGACAUGAAAAUGAAAAAUAAAUUAACAAAUAAGUUAACGAGAGAGGGGUCCCAGAUUCUCAAACAUCUUCUUACAGCUGGAUUAUUAAAACCUUUCCCAAAGAACUGUAUCUCUGUUAUGACGACAACUGGGGCGAAGGGUAGUACGGUGAAUUUCCAACAAAUAUCUGCCUAUUUAGGGCAACAAGAGCUGGAAGGUAAAAGAGUGCCUCGAAUGGUGUCUGGGAAGACGUUGCCUUCAUUUCCACCCUGGGAUUACGCAUCCCGAGCAGGUGGGUUUAUCACAGACCGCUUCCUAACAGGCCUUCGUCCUCAGGAAUAUUACUUCCAUUGCAUGGCUGGUCGUGAAGGGCUAGUUGACACUGCAGUGAAAACAUCCCGAAGUGGAUAUUUACAACGGUGCCUGAUUAAAAAUCUUGAAAGCCUGAAAGUCUGUUAUGAUUAUACUGUUCGGGAUGCUGAUGGUUCCAUUGUUCAAUUUUACUAUGGAGAAGAUGGUGUUGAUGUGCACCGGACGAGCUUUCUGAAAAAUUUUAAGGCGCUGGAAGAUAAUCGAGAAACUAUUUCCCAGAAAUUCCAAGAGCAGCGCGAGUUCAAUAGUUACAUUGAAAAAUUGCCUGAAGGGCUUGAACAAGAAGCCAGGCGCUUUGUUAGCUCGACUGAGAAGCUACAUAAAAAGCGUACUGGGAAAACGAAGGAGCAUCAAUCAACCAAGAAAAAGGAAAGAGAGCAAAAGAAGUUCUUAGAGCUGAUUAAGCAAAAAUAUCUCUCAAGUCUUGCCCCAUCAGGAGAACCGGUUGGGGUCAUUGCUGCUCAAUCUAUAGGUGAACCAUCGACUCAGAUGACACUAAACACUUUUCAUCUGGCUGGCCGUGGCGAAAUGAAUGUGACACUCGGUAUUCCUCGUCUCCAAGAGAUUUUGAUGACUGCAUCAGAUGUUAUUAAGACUCCCAUAUUGACGUGCCCCUUUUCGGAUUGGAGAUCCAAGCAUGACGUGGUAUCUCUCGUUUCCCAUGUGCGGAAAAUCAGUGUAGCAGAUUUGGUGGAGAGCAUGGAAGUCCAUGUCCUUAACCACCACCACAAAGUGGCCAGAUUGUACCGUCUGAUUAUCAAACUCAAGGAGACUGAAUUCGUGCCGUUGGCCGACAUACACGAAACUCUCAAGUCUACUUUCCUGAGGGCAUUGGAGGACGCAAUAGAGAGCAACGUGAAAGUCCUUGAGAAAAUUGUCGGCAUCAAGAAUGUCACGUCCAGCUCCCGAUCACAAGGAUCGUCAUACGACGAUGAAGAUGCUGAUGUGGACGAAUCAAGCAUGGCCACACGGGAAGCAAAUAUUGAUGAUGAUGAUGAUGAUAAUGACGAUGAUGACAUGGGGGAUGACCUCGGUGCGGAUGCACAAAGGAGAAAACAGCAGGCUACAGAUGAGGUGGAUUAUGAUGACGUGUCUGAAGAUGAGGAUGAUUUUCACGAGAAGGGCGGCGCAAGUGAUGGAGAGGGUAAUGUUGGAAAAAAGGGGGAAGAUGAGGAAAAAGGAGAGUCUGAAGACGAGGGCCGAGGAGUUUCUGAUGCAUUGGGUGCGGAGGAGGAGUUUGUGGCGGAAGCUAAGACGUGGGGCAAAAUGGGAAAUGAAGCAGUGGAUGACUGGGGGGACAAGCCGAUUAUAGUGACAUCCCAGAAAAGAGAAUGCAGGGCUGUAACGAUGGAAGUUGAAGGGCUGUCAUACACGGUCGAGUUCAGGCUCACCGGGGAACCUCAUGUUUUGCUUGCUCAGAUUGCCCAAAAAGCAGCAAAGAAAGUUUUCAUCAAGAGGUCCGGCAAGGUCAGCCAGUGCAAGGUGGUCGAGUAUGACCCAGACGAGAAAACCGUCAUAUGGGACGACAAACAUAAACCCAAACGAGGCCUCGACUCUGCAAAAUCAUCCCCCCCACCCGACGAGACCACCUCUUACUGGGCCGUAAAAGCCUCGGGAGUCGAUUUCUCCUCCUUAUGGGAAGAAAUGCACGAGCACCUCGACCUAACCCGCCUCUACUCAAACAACGUGCACUCGAUGCUCCAUACGUACGGAGUCGAGGCCGCACGUGCUACACUAAUUCGGGAGGUUAAGCAAGUUUUCGACAUUUAUGGCGUGAAGAUCGAUUUUCGGCACCUGAGCUUGAUUGCGGACUACAUGACCCACACAGGCGGGUAUCGGCCGAUGAGCCGGCACGGAAGCAUAUCCGAGUCGCUUUCUCCUUUUCUCAAGAUGUCGUUCGAGACAGCCACAAAGUUUAUUGUCGAGGCAGCUAGCUAUGGAAUGACCGACAAUUUGGAGACGCCUUCAUCGAGGCUUUGCCUGGGCUUGCCUGUGAAGAUGGGGACUGGUUGUUUUGAGUUGAUGCAGAGAUUGGAUCUCUGA